AUGGUAGUUGUAGGGAGUGGCAAUGAUAGUAAUGUGGUAAGUACAACAACCAGUACAACUAGUAAUAAUGAGGGAUCGGGAGGAUCGAAUUCAUCACCUGCGCAUCAUGUAAGCAAUUUUUCCACUACAUCACAAUUAACAAGCACAAGUAUGAUAUCUGAGAAUAGGUUGAUUAAUCUUGAUGAAGAAGCCAAAUUGGUUUAUGGUGUUAUUUACUCUUUAAGAAACUUUGUCAAGAAACUUACUGGAAGUCAAGAUGGAUUUUUAUCUUACCGUACAUCAACUUAUAAAUUACAUUAUUAUGAAACUCCAACAGGUUUAAAGUUUGUGAUAAACACAGAUACAAACGCUGACUCACUUAGACCAGUAUUAAGACAAAUUUACGUAAAUUUUUAUGUAGAAUAUGUUGUCAAAAAUCCUUUAUCUCCAGCUGAACAUCCACAUGGUGAAGGUGUUAAUAAUGAAUAUUUUAAGGCUGCUGUUGAUAAAUUUAUAAAAAGUUUGGCUGUAUUUGAAUCAUAA